AUUUAGCUCUCCUAUUACAAGAUAUAGACUACGGCGAAAAGGGAUUAAGUCAAGAUAGCCCAAAUGGCAACUUAUCAAGAACCCUGUUGUUACCAGAUUUCAUUGUGGCUUUCACCACAUUCAAGAACAUCUAUUGUGAAAACACUGAUGUCUCAGGCGCCAUUUGGACGCUCACGAAAGGACAGUAAUAAAUCUAGCACAACAAUUCCCAGGAAAGAGCAACCACCACGAUUACCAUAAACUGUUUGCUUCUCGUGUGGCCUCCUAUGCUGAGAAAGGCCAACCCAUCAGGUGGGAUAUGCCUGAUCAAAGAAUUCUCACUAGGUGCUCUACAAGAACCUCUAAGUCUUGUCAUAUCUGCCAUUGUGUGACACAUGAUAGUGACCAUUGCCAUGAGUUCAAACCACGGAGGUUCAACACACCAGUCUCCGACAGACCGCAAGGAUAUCGACAAGACAAGGCCGAUAUCAGGGGACUUCCCAAGGUCAGGUUCAACGGAAAAGAAAUUUGCAACAAUUUCAACGACCAGGGUUGCGCCAGAAGAAACUGUCUGUUUGAGCAUGUCUGCUUAACAUGCAAGGGGCCAAGCCACGGGAAAAACAAUUGUAGCGACAAGAUAAAGAAGGUUUGACUGGAUACCACCCCUAAUGAAUCCGCCAUACCCAUGGAAACAGUGCCCACAUCAUCUUCACUCACUCCUAUUAACCACGCCCAGUUACAACUCGAACUGGCUCUUCAUCAGGAUAUCCAGUUCACCAACUAUUUGAUCAAUGGUCUAAGAUACGGUUUCAACCCUUUAAUUCAUCCACUACCCACAACUUCCAUAGAGUGCAACAACAAUUACACUGCUAGAAAAGACCAGGCUGCAGUGUCACUUCUCGUCAAAUCGGAAGUUACAAAGGAUUAUGUUGCAGGUCCAUUUUCGACAGUGCCAUAUGCUGUAUACAGGGUGAGCCCCCUCGGGUUGGCCAUUGGUAAAUACAGCCAGAAGAAAAGACUGAUUCUAGACCUAUCAGCCCCCCACGACAAACCAGAAAUACUAAGCAUCAACGAACUCUUCGACAAAGAUCAGUGUUCUCUUUCUUACGUGACAAUUGACUAUGCUAUCGCUAUCAUCGCUAAUCAAGGGCGUGGCGCCAAACUGUGUAAACUUGACAUUUCGGACGCUUUCAAACAGGUCCCAAUAGCAAAUGCAUUUAUACCUUUCUUUGGAUUCAAGUGGCAACAGCAGUACUACUUUUACAAACGGCUGGUCUUCGGAUGUCGUUCAAGCCCAAAAUUGUUUGACACUCUGUCAGAAGAUUUAUGCUGGAUACUGCAUCAUAACUAUGGCAUUCAACACAUUCUCCAUCUCCUGGAUGAUUUCCUCACUAUAGACUCCCCUGAAGCCGAUGCCCAACAAACCAUGACGAACCUGCCUAAACUGUUCCAAGAGAUGUGCAUCCCAAUAGCCGAGCACAAGACAAUGGGACCUGCCACAACCUUGGAAUACCUGGGCAUUAAUCUGGAUACCAACACCAUGACAGCUAGCCUACCACAAGAUAAGCUGGACAGGAUAUCAGCCUUACUUCACGAGUUCUCCCAGAAGAAAAAAUGUACAAAGAGAGAACUCUUAUCUUUAUUGGGACACUUAAGCUAUGCCUGUAAGGUCAUCAUUCCCGGCAGAUCUUUCAUUUCUCACCUGUUGGAUAUAGCCAAAUCAGUGAAGAAACUGCAUCACCAGCGUCUACAGCGUGCCAACAAGAUCUCCACAUGUGGCAUAUCUUUCUACAACAGUGGAAUGGCGUGUCCCUAUUCCAUGAUGCUUACGCUACCUCCAAUCAGGACAUGGACUUGUUUACCGAUGCCUCUACUUCGUUCGGAUUCGGCGGAUACUUUCAAGGAGCGUGGUUCUCAGAGAAGUGGCCAGACAACAUACUCACAGAAUUAAGCGUUGAACAUUCUCUCGCCUUCCUCGAACUGUAUCCCAUCGUAAUAGCAUCUGUACUUUGGGGACAUAGUUGGACUCGGUUAAGAGUAUUAUUCCAUUGCGACAACCAAGCCACUGUACACAUCAUUCGCAAAGGGAGAUCUAAAUGCCAAAAAGUCAUGUCUCUUAUGCGUACCCUUACAUGGACGGCAGCAAAAAACAAUUUCAUAGUAUUAGCUAAGCACAUCCCUGGGGCGCACAAUACUUUAGCUGAUGCUCUUUCUCGUUCACAGCUGGACCUGUUCCGCUCCCUAGCCCCGGCAGCCCAGAUCGAACCCAUACAGUGCCCUCCAGACAAGGCACCUGGACACAUUAUGGUCAGCAGCCCUUGCCCCGCGGACAAAGGAUACCUAUGCUACCGGUGUUCAGUGCUACAUCAACUUCAUGAUUAAUGUGAAUUUGCUCUCUAGGACAUGUCCAGGACUCCCACGCUACACGAAACAUAAGUUCAGUUUUUCCUCGCCCACUGCUUCGGCAAGCUCAAGCUAUCCUAUACUACUGUUAAAACUUACCUGGCGGGCAUCAGAUAUACUUACCUACAAGCAGGAAUACCUACACUCUUCGACUCUACCAACUCGGGCGCCAACGCACGUAUUCAAACUCUUCUGCGUGGAUACAAGAAACUACAAGUCCCACCAAAAAGCAAGAGACUACCCAUCACUUACAAUAUUCUGUGUCAAAUUAUCACUCUGCUCAAGAACGGCGUUCUGGGUCCUUUUAAUGACUUUAUCAUGAUUACUAUGUGUACCGUUGCCUUCUUCGGCUUCCUCAGGUGUGGCGAGUUCACCUGUUCAGUCAGUUUUGAUGCAGAUGUCAAUUUAUGUGUCCAAGAUGUCAUCUGCGAUUAUAACAGAAACAGAUGUAUCCUCACAUUGAAAACUUCAAAAACUAACCCUUUCCGACUAGGAGUGGCCAUCUCCCUGUUUGCCACAAACAAGCCAGCUUGUCUGGUUCGAAGCCUCUCACAACUGAUCCUCAUAAGACGCAAGUGCGGGGCUCAGGCCCACGAUCCCCUCUUCCUGGACAGCUGUUUCCAUGCUAGUACGAGGACUACAUUUCUAAGAUGGCUCAACGUUAUCAUGUGUCGGAUAGGCUUGAGCUCCAAAUCUUAUUCAGGACAUUCAUUCAGGAUUGGCGCAGCUACCACGGCUGCACAAGUGAGAAUGGAGGACCAUCUCAUCAAAACCCUGGGAAGGUGGAGUUCAAUCUGCUUCACCAGGUACAUUCGAACCCCGGAAGAUACCUUGAGACAAGCACAGAUCUCCUUGUGUAACGUAUAAUGUUUAACCAACAGAGUGCAAUCUGCAUAGUAACUUACCCCAUCUUAUGUGACGUUCAGGCUCGUGACUCCAGUGCAGUGUGACUUGUGCUAUUUAUGAUGCAAUCUGUGACUCUGUGGUGCGCAACUCAAUCAUAUUGUAUCUCGUACAAUGUGACAUAAACUGUACUCUUGUGUAAUAGUGGUGCUGGAGGGACUACAGACUCAGAUAGUAGCCAUGCCGUGCACGUGAGUACUGCCACAUACUGUGCCGUGUCCAAAUGUGCAUUCUGACUUUGACACUUGGUUUUAACUGUGAUUCGAUGCUAUCAUUGAACUUCGCAUGGAGCCAGUGACUGUGGUUACAAUGUACUCAGUGUGAAGACUCCUGUCCUGGUUCACAUGUACUGCCUUAUUUAGGUCAAGGAUGCCAUACCAUUGUCAUUUGGUAGCCAACGGCGUUUAGUUCAAGCGUACUUAGGUGUAACAUGCAUCACUGCCACUAGAAUGUUGGUAACUUUCACAUUUUUACGUUUUUUCUCCUUACAUCUUACAUAUAUAUCCCUACUAUUCAUUGGGGGCUCUCGGUUGCCAACCUCCUUUGGGCCUUCAGCUCAUUCAGUGCUUUUAAUCGCCAGUACAAAAUGAGCUGACUAGCCCCCAAUUCAUACGGCGGCAGGACACUAGCUACAUGGGCUUCCCGAUCUUACACCAGGAACCGUCCAUAGGGAUGUCCGGGUCCACGACCCCAGGGCAACUAAUCCCACCAUUAGGUCCUCGCCUUCCUAACCACGGGUCCACGACCUACAGGUUACUUCCCUUUGCCUUCUAACCGCGGGUCCACGACCUACAGGUUAUCCUUCACCUCUAGGUUCUACUACACCAAAUCAGUACCAGUUUGGAGAGUGCGGUUUUUGUAGGGAGCCUUCAGUGCAGAUCGAGAGAUAUCUGCAGGCUGUGAUUGGAGGAUAUUCUCUUUUCACAUGCCUGAUGUUGACUGGGGAGGUAUAUGUGCACUCACGCAGAAGAAGUAGGAGUUUCGACAUCGAAUUUGGCAUUUUGAGAAGCUGAUCCGAAGUCCGGUGUUGGCAGUGUGUGAACGACAACCCUUGUUUUGCCUCGCUGCGCUUUAUUACCUUGUAGAAGUUGUGGAACUUGGACAUGUAGGUACAGUUCUACUACACCAAAUCAGUACCAGUUUGGAGAGUGCGGUU